ACAGAUGAAAGGAGCAGCGGAAUAUAGAAGCCAACCGUGAAGUGUCGGCGGUGACAUCUCCAUCAACAAACCAUAAAGGAAGAUCGACUUUGGAAGAGAUUUUCGGGGAAAAGCUUCGCUCUGUCCAUGGUGUGCGGAGCGCGCGCCUCCGAGCGCAGCCUGUAUUCCGGAGAUGCCCAGACAGACCGCGCGAUGUGCUCAAAGAGCGAGAACAUCUCGUCUCGACAGCAUGUCUAACGGAGGAACGCCGCUUGUUGCUCUCACUGAAACACGAAAUAUGAAUUCAAUUUGUGGAUAUGAAUCUUGAAUGGAAAGUUUUCAGUCCAUUCGAAAGGGUUUUACACCCUGCUUGAGGCACGCAGCAGUGAUGGAUUAUUUUUUCAGGCGAAAGAGAGUUUUCAAGACUCUCUUAACUUUAGCCCUUGUUUUUGCCACCCUGCUGAUGAUACAAAAAUUCAAGGUACUUGAAAGCAAUAUGAAGGAAAUACAUUUGGACGUUAAAAGCAGUUGGUGUGGGCCUGAGUGCCAAUUAGUAAAGGGGAAAUCCUCCAUCAAGUCUCCCGCUGGAAAUUAUUCUUCGCCAGCUCAGGUCGAGGAUUCGAAUGCAGCUCGUGUCAUCGUUACGAAGCCCAGCAGCCUGGCAUCCUGGGACGUGGAUGUGAUCAACUGCACGGAAGAUUCAUCCGUACGGGCUAAAGAUUGGUUUCGACGACUGGACUCGAGGUUUCAUCAGUUCGUGCUUCACAGACAUUGCCGGUAUUUCCCCAUGCUCAUUGACCAUCCAGAGAAGUGUCGAAGUGGAGACGUGGAUCUACUCAUGGUGGUAAAGUCCGUUAUCGAACAACAUGACAGGCGUGAAGCCGUGCGAAAGACGUGGGGUAAAGAGCAGGUCAUCGAUGGCAAAAGAAUUAAGACUUUGUUUCUCCUUGGGACCCCAUCAACUGGUAAGGAUGCGAAGAACUUGCAGAAGCUAGUGGAAUAUGAGGAUAAGAUAUAUGGAGAUAUUCUACAGUGGGAUUUCAUGGACACCUUUUUUAAUCUCACAUUGAAGGAGGUGAAUUUUCUGAAAUGGUUCCACAUUCACUGUUCCAAGGUUCAGUUUAUCUUCAAAGGUGAUGACGACGUUUUUGUGAAUACACAGAACUUGGUGGAACUUUUCGGUUUUAAGACAGAGGAAGGCAAAGUUGAUAAUUUAUUUGUAGGGGAUACAAUUGCUAAAGCCAUACCCAUCCGAAACCGCCAAAGCAAAUAUUAUAUUCCUAAAGAAUUGUUUGAUAAACCCUAUCCUCCAUACGUGGGGGGAGGCGGGUUUCUUAUGUCAGCGCAGUUGGCCCGGAGAUUGUUCGUGGUCUCCGAGGGGCUAGAAUUGUACCCCAUAGACGACGUGUUCCUCGGUAUGUGUUUACAAAAGCUGCACCUUGCGCCGGAAAUGCAUCCAGGUUUUAGGACAUUUGGGAUCAUGAAACACAGAAAAAACAGCCCCAUGAACAGCGAGCCUUGCUUCUUCAAGAACCUCAUCAUCAUCCACAAACUCACCCCGCAGGAGCUACUCAGAAUGUGGGAUAUAGUGAAUAACGAAAACCUCAUAUGCGCCAAAAGGACUCUCUUGUGAUGCGUUGGAGUUAAAGGGAAUGUUUUACCAGGACAGAGAGACGCAACUGACCUUGGACACCACCUUAAAACAUUUCACUUUGGCACACACCCAGGACAACAAAUGCUUCACAGUUCGAGCUGGCUAUUUAAGAUGAAAUAAGCGUUACCCUGGAUCAAAGCUACGGGAAGUGGUGUAGCCUAAGUGUUACUCCACGUCUAUUUAGUAAGAAAAACACAGCUCACUGCGCAACAAUCUAUAGGCCUCGAAUGAAACACGACUCUAGAAUCGCUAUGAAUGUUCCAUGCCAGUGUAAAACUGGAGAAAUAAAAACACAACACACUGUGAUGAA